GAUUCCCUUCUACAAGAGAUAAAUGUCGCUUCUGCUACGCGUUAGCCAGAUCGGGAAAAUGGCGUCAGCCGAGGCUUUACAGAAGUUAGAGACUAGAGCUGUUGCUGCAGAGAAGCUGAUCUCUCUUCUUAAGCUUCAGAUCGCGGAGGCCAAGGAACAGCAGAAGGGCGGUGCUACUAGCUCGGGAGAAUUAGAAACUUUAAAAUCUGAAAACUCGAAUCUCAAGCAAGAAGUCGAAGCUUGGAAGAUAAAGCUUACCCAGGCUGAAAUCGCGAAUGGAAAACCGGUUUUUAAUAAACCUGGAUCAACCUCUGUUAAUCCUCUUGCUAAGGAGCAGCAGGAACCUGUUGAGGAGAAAAAGAAAACGGCGGGAGAUUCUGUGAAAGCGGAGAAGAAGGAGAAACCAAAGAAGGAAACUAAGCCCCCCAAAGAGGAUGGUAAUGAACCGCCAGUAGACGUCGGACGCUUAGAUCUCAGGGUUGGACAUAUUAGGAGCGCAAAGAAACAUCCAGAUGCGGAUUCCCUUUACAUUGAGGAGGUUGAUGUAGGAGAGGAGAAGCCUCGAACUGUUAUCUCUGGGCUGGUCAAGUUUAUCCCUGAACCUGAGAUGCAGGACAGGAUGGCAAUUAUUCUCUGCAAUCUCAAACCUAGUAAGAUGAGAGGAAUUAUGUCAGAGGCCAUGGUCAUGUGUGCCUCUACUUCGGAAAAGGUUGAGAUAUUGUCUCCUCCUGCUGGUUGUAAACCCGGAGAUCACGUCCUAGUGGAAGGAUACGUCCGGAACCCUGAUGUGCAGCUCAAUCCCAAGAAGAAGAUAUUUGAAACAUGUGCUCCGGAUCUAACGGUGAACAGCAGUAAGGAAGCCUGCUUCAAGGGAGUAAGAUGGACAGUAAAUGGUGAAGCAGUGACGUCACAAACCCUUGUAAAUGUUGCAGUCAAAUAAAUAGGAGUCGGAGUCACUGAACUAUUAAUUUUGUUGUACUUUUGUUCAGAAUUACAAUAUUGUGUUCAAAUCAAAUACAAGUUUUUAUUAACGCCUUUA